CCCGGCGCUGUCCAGCGCCCGCCGCCGCUUUCAAAGCGCAAUUUGUCUGGGCCGGGCCAAUCGCGGGGUGCCCCAGCGGCUCAGCCAAUGGCGGCAGAGACCGCGGAGAGCGGGCCAAUGGCAGAGGAAGCGGCCGCCCGAGCAGCCAAUGGGAGCGCAGUAUUCUAAUGGACCUCAUCCUUAUCAGAGAAAUGUUGGCGCUCCCCAAGCCCAAGUUGAGGGUCCGGUACCGACCCGGCGCGGAGCCCGGGGCUGCACCCCCCGGUGCGGUGGGGAUGGGGCGGCCGCUGCGCCCCCCGAGGGCAGCCGGGUGCUGAGGGGCGCCUCGACGGCAGCGCCAUGGAUGCCAACCUGCCCGGCACCUUCCUGCUCAACGGCCCCGCGCUGGGUCCCUUCCCCGAGGCCAAGGCGCCCGUCUGCCAGUACUCGGUGCAGAGCUCCUUCUACAAGCUGUGCCCGCCGGCGCUGGGCACCCCGCACGGCAUCUCCGACAUCCUGAGCCGUCCCGCGGCGCCGGGCGGCAGCAUCGUCCCCAGCUACCCCCACGCGGGCGCGUUGAACGGACUGAGCUCCACCGGGGUCUAUUAUGGAGCGCAGGUGGGGGCUCUUCCCAAGGCCGGCAGCGAGUUCCUGCCGCGGGGCCGGAGCUGCUGGGCAGAGGCAGCCCCUGACUGGAGGGGUGCCCGGCAGUGCGGCGGCCGUGAUGCUCUUGGAGCAGAUGGGUCGGGCAGCUCAGGUGUCUGCUCCCAGCACAGCUUCGAGCCGACCAGCUCUGCCUGCCUUCCGUCCUGCGUCCUGCAAGCCCCUGCUCACCUCGCUGACAGCAUCCACAAGAAGAAGCACACGCGCCCGACCUUCACGGGGCACCAGAUCUUCGCUCUGGAGAAGACUUUUGAGCAGACCAAGUACCUGGCGGGGCCGGAGCGAGCCCGCUUGGCCUAUUCCCUCGGCAUGACCGAGUCCCAGGUGAAGGUCUGGUUCCAGAACCGCCGGACCAAAUGGAGGAAGAAGAGCGCGCUGGAGCCUUCCUCGUCCUCGCAGCGGGCGGGGGGCUCUGGCGGGGAGCGGGCAGCCUCUGAGGCUGAGGAUGAUGAAUACAACAAGCCCUUGGACCCCGACUCGGACGAUGAGAAGAUCCGGCUGCUGCUGAGGAAGCACCGCGCCGCCUUCUCCAUGCAGGGCUUGGGCACGCACAGCGGCUGAGCUGCGGGACGGGGCGGCCG